CGGCCCGGCCCCGCGGGGCGGGCGGGCCCCGGGGCUAUGAAAGGGGCCGCGGCCGCGCCCCCCCCAGAGCCGCUUCCACGCCGCGCCGCUGUCCACCGGCGGCCGCCCCGGAGCCGCUGCCCUCACCAUGAACAGAGGCUUCUCCAAGAAGAGUCACACCUUCCUGCCUAAAAUAUUUAGAAAAAUGUCUACUCAAUCAGCGAAAGAGAGACCCGAGAGUUUGCAGUUCCCAUUCCUUGACGACGAAGACACCAUCUCCACCCUCAAGGAAUCCAAAACCUUUUUCAUCCUCCGGGGCCUGCCUGGCAGCGGGAAGUCCACCCUGGCCCAGGCCAUCCACGAUCGGUACAAAGACGCCUGCAAGGUCAUCUCUGUCGAUCACUAUAAAAUCACACCGGUAAUAAGAAGCUCCAUUCCUGAAGAGUACUCCAAGGUGGACGAGGAUCUAGUUGACUAUUGCAAACGGGAGAUCAGCGUCAUCGUUUUGGAUGACACUCACCACGAGCGGGAACGGCUGGAGCAGCUCUUUGACAUUGCUGACAAGUACCGGUACAAAGUCAUCUUCGCCGAGCCCAAAACCCCCUGGCGCUUGGAUUGUCCCCAGCUGAAGGACAAGAAUCAGUGGAAACUGUCUGCGGAAGAGCUGAAGAAGAUGAAGCCAAGCUUGGAGAAGGAAUUCCUCCCCAUGUAUUUUGGGUGGUUUUUGAGCAAAAGAAGUUCAGAGAUCCUGAGAAAGGCUGGCCAGGCCUUCUUGGAUGAGCUCGGGAGUCUCAAAGCCUUCAAAAAGGAGAGUAAAUACUUUGCUUCUGCUAUCGAUGAUCCCAAAAUAAAAAUAGAUCUCACCAGCUACUUCGUGAAGAGGCCACCUGGGGUCCUGCACUGCACCACGAAAUACACCGAGUUCGGGAAAGCAGCUGGAGCUGAGGAAUACGCGCAGCAGGAAGCCGUCAAGGCUUCCUACGGCAAAGGCUUCACCCUCUCCAUCUCGGCGCUGUUCAUCACCACAAAGACUGUCGGGGCUCGCAUCGAGCUGAGCGAGCAGCAGCUGCUGCUCUGGCCCGGGGACGCCGACAAGAUCCUGCCCACGGACAACCUGCCGCGGGGCAGCCGGGCCCACAUCACCCUCGGCUGCGCCAACGGCGUCGAGGCCGUCCAGACCGGGCUCGACCUGCUGGAGUUCGUGAAGCUGGAAAAGGCGGGGAACAAAGGGGAGCAAGUGGGGGAAAUUGGAGGAGGGAAACUGCUGUAUUUUGAUAACGGUAUGUGGAUGCUCAACCUCUCUAAAAAGAUCGAUGUGAGGGCGAUAUUCUCGGGAUACUACGGGAAGGGAAAACUCGUGCCAACGCAGAGCACCAACAAACGGGGAUCUGCCUUUAGCUCCUGCACCAUCAUCUAGGAGCACGGGGCAGGGCAGCUCCUCGGUUUGUUUUUAAAAGGCAAGUAACUCCUGUAACCUUAAAGUGUAAAGAGAAAUAAUUGUACCUUUACUAAAGUCAACCCUUCUGCCCACCCCAGUGUGAAGCCUCUGGGGAGUUAUCAGCCUCAGGACAAGGAAGAAAACAAGCAACUCCUGACUGAAACUGUCAUGGAUUUUAACGGGAGAGUUUUGGAGGGAACCAGCCAGGGUGUCCUGCUUGUUUUCUUCCUUGGAGGAAGAUCAACUCUGGGCUUUUAUCGCUUCCCUCUGAACCACAAUCGUUCGAUCUUUACCUGUUGGCACUGACCAAAGCCCGUUGGUCGCUGCUCUGAAGCUGAGGGAACUGCAGGAUGUCCCUCCCCUCCCACACCCAGGGACUGACAUCGGCUGCAGCCGAUUACGGGGUCAGAACCAGCGCGUGGCUCACUCCUGUCAGGGGUGAUCCCUUACCAAGGGUUUGGCCCCUAAGGACAGACCUUGCUGAGGGCAGCAGGUCCCAGCAGCCCCAAUCUCAGGCUGGUCCCACAGCUGCCCAGCUCCAGCCCAGCUCCUCCUGGAGGAGGGCACAGUGCCAGGUGAUGUCUUAAAGACACCGACCACAGACUUAGGGGGAAACAAGUGAAACGCCAGGACAGGCAGCCAGUUCCGGCCACUUCCCCCUACCUGGGCUGGACCAAGCACUGUCCCGUGUCCUUGUCCUGUAGGGAACAAUCCUGCCUUGGCAGGGAGUGGAAGAGAUGAACUAACAUCUUUUCCAUCUUAUUUGAUAGAAACUAAAAUCAUGUCUGAAGUACAGAACUGCACUUCAUGCAAGAUUUUACUCCCUUCCUCUAAUGCACCUGAAUGUUAAGAGUUAGGCUGGAGUAACCCCGUAGCGUAGGAAGCGGAGGCACCGUAACCGCAUAACUCAAGUCUGCUCAAACCUAAACCCUGGCUGGAAGUUACUGACCCAGCACUUCUGUCAUUAAAUGUUUGACUGAAACCUGUGUUUGUGCUCCACCAGGCCCUGGUCCAGCAGGGCGGUGGCUCCUGGGCACUAUUUAAUAUGAAGCUCCACUGAUGGUCCCAGGUCAGGUCCCAGCUCGGCCUCCGGCUCUGGCUCAGGGCCUGGGGAGCUGCAGAGUGACAUUAACCCACACUAACACUGUAAAUACUGACCGUGUUUGAGGCGUGGGCUGGGCUGGGGCUGUCACUGGGCACAGCUCGCCCGAGCCCAACACUGCCGGGGUAAGGAGUGUUUCUCCUCCAAACGUUGAGGCCAAAAGCAGGGAGAGCUCUGGGGCUUGUCUGGAACCAAACACUCUGCUAGGAAAGCAAAAUAGUUCCUGCUGUUCCAAAAUGAAGAAUGAUAAUAAGUUCCCAUUAUAACAUAAAAAAAGUGAGCUAUAAACCCACCUAGAUCACCUGUGACCCUCCCUGCCCUCAAUGGAGAAAUCCUUCCAGCUCCCACACCAGCGGCAGCCGAGUGCCCAGUGCUCAGCCAGGGCCUCUCCUGACAGAACCUCAAGGGUUUGCUCCAACAAAGCUCAAAAACACCCUUUGGCAGCACCUGCCCAGGGGCCAACUGAGCCCACACCCCCAGCAUCCAGAUCACUCCAGCACUGGAAUGCACGGCUGGAACAUCUCCUUCAUCUGCCUGUUCAAGAACAACAGUGACACUGUCGUCGUUUGAGUUUUUAUUAGUUUGUACAUCAUAUACAGUUUAUAAUAAAGUAAAACCGAUUGCA